AAAGCCUUUCUAUGAUUUGGUUUCUUGUUUCAUUAAUUUUCACAAAAAUAAUCCCAUGGCGCAUCUCAAGAAGCCUCAUGUAAUAUGCAUACCCCUUCCAGCCCAAGGCCACAUAAACCCCAUUUUCAAACUAGCCAAGCUCCUCCAUUCUUCUGGUUUCUACAUCACCUUUGUACACACACACUUCAACUACCACCGCCUGCUCAAAUCCCAAGAUCCGGCCACCCUCGCCGGCUGCGGCGUCGCCGAUUUCCGGUUCGAAACCAUUUCCGAUGGGCUGCCUGAAUCUUGCCAGCGAGGGAUUCUUGACCUCCCGGACCUAGUUGUCUCUUUGCCCACACAUGGCCUCUCAUCGUUUAGAGAUCUUGUGAAGAGGCUCAACGCCGCCGCUUGCCCGGAGGUGCCGCCGGUUUCUUGCAUUAUUUCCGAUGGUGUUAUGAGCUUUACGUUGGAGGUGGCUCAAGAGUUUGGCAUUCCUGAGUUCCUUUUCUUCACUCCUAGUGCUUGUGGCAUGUUGGGUUAUUUCCAGUUUGCUGAGCUUGUUGAAAGAGGCUAUUUCCCUCUAAAAGAUGAAAGUUGCUUAAGCAAUGGAUUUUUGGAUACCAAGGUUGAUUGGGUUGCUGCCAUGGAAGGGGCUCGACUGAAACAUCUUCCAACUUUCUGCAGAAGCACCAAUCCUGCAGAUCCAAUGUUCAAUUACAACAAGCUGCAAAUCAGCAAUCUCAUGAAAACAAGAACCCUAAUUCUCAACACAUUCAAUGACCUGGAACAACAAUUCUUGGAUGCCAUUAGACUCAAAAUCCCAAACAUUUACACCAUCGGCCCACUCUCUAAGCUCCAACAACAAUUCUCUGCAAAACUGGGUUCAUCAGUAGACUCAUCAUCAAGUCUGUGGGAAGAAGAUGACAAGUUCUUGGAAUGGCUGGACAAGAGGGAACCAAGAUCGGUUGUGUAUGUGAACUAUGGAAGCCUUGUAACCAUGAAACCCCAACAGCUUAGUGAGUUUGCUUGGGGAUUGGCUAAUAGUAAGUACCCAUUUCUGUGGGUAAUCCGACCAGACCUAGUGGAAGGUGGCACUGAGGUUAUAUCUAAUGAUUUCUUGGAAGAAAUCAAGGAUAGAGGCUUGCUGCUAAGAUGGUGUCCCCAAGAGGAAGUGCUUAGGCACGGGUCCGUUGGAGGGUUCUUGACGCACUGUGGAUGGAACUCGACACUCGAGAGUAUUUCAGAAGGUGUGCCGAUGAUUUGUUGGCCGUUCUUCGCGGAGCAACAGAUGAAUUGCUUCUACUUGUGCAACAAAUGGGGGAUAGGGAUGGAGAUUGGGAGUGAUGUGAAGAGAGAGCAGGUGGAGGGGGUGUUGAGGGAGUUGAUGGAGGGGGAAAAGGGAGAGGGAAUGAGGGAAAAGGCCAUGGAAUGGAAAAGGAAAGUGGAGAAGGCAACAAAGCCAGGUGGAUCAUCUUAUAAUAACUUUGAAAUGUUAGUAACACAACUCAAAAGCUAUGCUACAUACUAGUGUAUAAAUAUUUAGAGGUCUAUAAGCUAGUUGAUACAUAUUCUCAAUUUAUUGUCACUUAAUAAACCAGCUUGGUUAGCGUCA